AUGACUUCAUCAUUACCAGCAACAAAUACGAAAAGCAAACCGAUAAGAUUUGAUGUGAAAAAUAUAAAGAUUAGGGAUACACCUCAUAAGAUAUUACUUCAAAAUGAAAAUGGACCAUGCGCAUUAUUAGCUUUAAUUAAUCUAUUAGUAUUAUCAUCGAAUGAAAUAUCUUCACUUGGUGUAGUUACUAAACAAGAAUUGAAGAAAUUGAUUUCGAAAGAUUCCAUUCCCAUUACUGCUGCUACUACUACUACUACUACUACUACUACUACUACUGAGAAUGAGGAUGGGAUUAAGAAGAAAAAGGUGAAGAAUGGAAAAGUCUCAUUAGAAGAAUUAAUUCAAAUCUUAGCUAACAAUGCAUUACAAGGAAAUACAUUGGAGGAUCAAGAUUAUCAAAAUGAUGUGGAUCAAUUAUUGCAUUUGUUGCCUCAAUUACAUACUGGACUGAAUAUUAAUCCAAGAUUCGAUGGAACCUUCGAGGAUAGUAAAGAAUUGAGUAUAUUUAGAUUGUUCGGCAUUCCAUUAGUUCAUGGUUGGGUUAUUGAUCAUGAUAAAUAUCCUGCAAUUUACCAUCUUUCUUAUGAAGAUGCUCAAAAUAUAUUGACUGAAGCAUCGGAAAUUGAAGAAACAAAUGAUGCUGAUGAUAAAGAUAAAGAAUGUAACGAAUAA